AUGCACUCAGAUAUAAAAACGGUUGAGGAUUUAGAGUUGAAGGUCGCUAUGGCUGAUUAUGCAUAUGCGACAGAAUAUGACGAAUUUAUCCCAACUAAACGUAUGAGGAUUGCUCAGGAUGAGCAAAACCAAUUCUGGCCAGUGGAUUUUGAUCCGCUUCGUGUGACAGUUCCAGCUUCCAAUUAUUAUGACAUCGGAAUGAUGGAGCCUGAGUGUUCAAUUGAUAGCGGUGGAUUUUAUGAGGGUUUUUACAGUGCAUUUGAACCUCCAUUAAUGAAUCAAAUGACUUUUGGAGCCAGCUUCCAAAAUGUUUCUACUCGUCCAUUUCCUCAGAAGCUUGAUUCCAAUCGAUCUGCUAGUUUUCCGAGACGGAGGAAAUAUUUGCUUAGGCGAAGGAAGUAUUUGUCUACUGAAAAAACAGCUGCGAUGGCUUCAAAUGAGUCAUUUCCGGACUUCAGGGAACAUUGUGUUUAUGGAACGCUGACUUUUGAGGACCCACUGAAGGGAUUGCACUUGGGUGUAACUUUAGAACAGCCAUCUCCUAAGAAAGCUGAGGAAAGAAAAAUGAGCACACUGGCAGAGCAAGCCGGAAAGGAAAAGGAAGUAUCGUCUGGUGAGAAAUUCCAACCUGUUUUUCGGUACAGUCAAAUUCCUUGUGAUUCAGCAAAACCCAAUGUUAAACGUUACAUACUAAGUUCUGUAGAGUUGAAGAAAGUUGAGAGAGCUGCGAUCACACUACAUCCCGGCCCCCCUAUGGAGGUACUUAAAAGCAUAGCUUUUAUUGGAAAUUAUUAUUGUACAUUAUUACCUCGCAACUUUGAAGCGAAUGUCAAAAUCAAGGUCCUCUUGCAAGCACUCAGCUUCUACGACCGUUCAGUGUGUCUUGUUAGUGACAUUGGUGAUGAGGGACCUCUGAAGUCAAACAGCAGUUUCGUGGCCAAAUCUUUCAUUUUACUUUGUUUUGUUAUAGAAGUUAUAGUUGGUCCAUUACGGGAUAGCAAGCAGAAGGCAAAAGAUGCAUUAUGCGUAAAAGUUAUUACGGAAGAGCUUGGCUUAGAAAUGCCAGAAAACCUGGGCGGGGCUGGUAACCACUCGAUUAUACUUUCUCCUUGUUUCGCUCUUCACACACUUAUGGAAAAACGAUACCGGAACUCGCAUCCAGACGUUGUAUAUUCUAAUGCUGUAAAUAUAGCCAAGAGGCCAAAUAAAGAGCCGUUGUUCAAGUGUACCGUAACUUUGAAUCACAGAGAGGUGUUUGAAGGUACUGGGUGUUCCAAGAAGGCUGCAAAGAGAGCGGCUGCUGAAAAAGCAUUAAAUGAAGUGUUUAAAUUCGAUAUUUAUGGAGAAGGCGCUGUUGAAGCUCUCACUUCAAAACGGCAAAGAGUUGACAAGACUGCUAAAUUGUGUAAUAGUGUCUGCUCAUUAGUCCGUAGAGAAUAUGAGUCUGUCUGUCAGGCUCAAGGAUGUCUGCGUACGACGCAUGUUGCAGCGUUUGUGAUUAUCAAGCCAGAUGGACAGAAGUUUGUGGCCGCAUUAGGAACUGGAAGAAAUGCGGUCAUCGACGGUUGUGUUUUGAAGAGCAGUCAGGGUUUAUUGCUGAUUCACAUGCAGUGUGCUGUAUUAGCUAGACGAGCAUUCUUAUUGUAUCUGCACAAACAGUUGGAGAAGUGUGGGACGGCUGAUUCUAUCUUGGAAAAGAAUGAAUACGGGAGAUACCAACUGAAGGCUGGCUACAAGGUAGUGUUGUACACUGCGUUUCCCCCGGACGUUGCUUAUACAGCAUCUGAACCUCAGAGGUUGUGUUGUUAUUUUGGGAACUCAAAUAUUUUGUGUCCAACUCCUAGAACAGUUCAGAGUUUCGAAGAAAUCACUUCCAGUGGGCGCGUUAAUGUGAUGAGCGUAGCAGAUAAAAUAUUGAAAUGGAAUCAUGUGGGCGUGCAAGGAGCACUGUUGUUUCACUUAGUUGAACCAAUUUUCAUAUCGCAUUACUUCAUUGGUGUUGCGUCUGAUGAUCGAGUGAUUGCCACUUCAGUCUUAACGCGUCUUCAGAAUGGAUUUAAAAGUGAUUUCAUAGUGAAAUCGAGUCGUUCAGCUAUUCGUCCUCAAGGGGAAAUUUAUCUUAAUUGGGUUGCAGAGAUUGGGACCGUCGAACGGCUAGAUUUGGCCACUGGCAAGACUGUUGCUGGUGAUCCUUCACGCUUAAGUAAACGUGGCUUAUUUGAAAGCUGGAGUCGUCUUUUAACGGCAGUAGGGUCAAACAAAGAAAGGCUGGACUGGUCCUGCGCCCAAGCAAAGCAAGCAGCGAUAAUUUACAAAUGCGCUGUGACGGCGUUUUAUAACCAGCUAAGAGACUGUGGCUUUGGUGUUUGGCAGAAGAAAGACCGUGUGGAUGACUUUACUCUAGCCUCAUUCGACUUUUAA